ACCUUGUGCAGUCACGUGACACAUGAGUCACGUGAUGUCGCCUGAGGAAGCGAGUUAUGUCUUGCCCCGAUGCUGAACCUCUACAGUAAAUGCAGAACACACAGAAAAACGUCGUCCUCAUGGCUAUCUUCUCGGACAGUUAACUCCACGCCAACAACACACUCGCGUUUUAUAACAGCUUUUAUUUGCCAUCGCUUAUUCUGAAACAGUUCAGAUUUUUAUGUCGCAUAUUUAUUUAUAGUUUCAAAGCGUUUACAUGGCUACAGCAAGCGGGAAUUGCAACCACGGCGGCGCUGGUUCAGAGAAGGAGAGGUUGGUUUCCUCUGUGUCUCCUCACGGCUACGGCUCCAGCGACAGCAGCGACAAGCAUGUUCACCACAGACACAGCCAUGGCAACCCCCGGUUGCCCACAGCAACGGCGGGGGGCUGGCUGGGGGCAGAGCAGGAAGAGGAGGCCCUGCGCAGGAAGCUCAAGUACUUCUUCAUGAGCCCCUGUGACAAGUUCCACGCCAAGGGCCGCAAGCCCUUCAAACUGGGCCUGCAGCUGCUCAAGAUUAUCAUUGUCACGGUGCAGCUGGUGUUGUUUGGCCUCAGCAACCAGAUGGUGGUGACGUUCAAGGAAGAGAACACCAUGUCCUUUAAGCACAUCUUCUUGAAGGACUAUGACGAGGGCUCCGACGACACGUUGGCCGUGUACACACAGAGCGACGUCUACGAGCACAUCUUCUACGCCGUAGACCAGUAUUUGAUGCUACCCGAGACCACGGUGGGACGCUAUGCGUACGUCUAUGGGGUCGGGGUGAACGGGAGUGCCCUCUCUCUCUGCCAGCAGUACUACAAGAAGGGCAGCAUCGAUCCCGCCAAUGAUACCUUCAACAUUGACCCUCAUGUUAUCGCAGAUUGUGUGGGGGUUAACCCUCUGUCAGUCCCUCGAGCGCCUUUCGGCAGUGACUACAAGAACUUUACCCUCAAGUUCCACAAACUCAUAAACGUGACGAUACAGUUCCACCUAAAGGCCAUCAACAUUCAGACCAUCAUCAACAACGAGAUUCCUGACUGUUACACCUUCUUCAUAACGAUAGUCCUGGACAACAAGGCUCACAGUGGUAAAGUGAGGAUCAGUCUGGAAAACCAGGCUUUUAUAAAGGAGUGUAAAGACCCCAGUGUGUCCGGCCACGCGGAGAACUACACGCGGGUAACGUUUGACGUGGUUGUGGUGAUUGUUUGUAUACUGUCCCUGGUGCUGUGUGGCCGCUCCAUACUCCGCGGCAUCAUACUACAGGCCGAGUUUGUCGAGUUCUUCAAGACCAACCUGGGCCGGAAAGUAAGCUGGGACGAAAGGAUGGAAUUCAUCAACGGCUGGUACAUCCUGCUCAUCAUCAGUGACGUCCUCACCGUCAUCGGCAGCAUCAUCAAGAUUGGCAUCGAAUCCAAGAAUUUGUCAUCGUAUGAUGAGUGUGGCAUCCUGUUGGGGACCUCCACCUUGUUGGUGUGGGUCGGAGUCAUUCGCUACCUCAGCUUCUUCCAGAAGUACAAUAUCCUGAUCGUGACCUUGCGAGCUGCGUUCCCCAACGUGAUCCGGUUCUGCAGCUGUGUGGCUGUCAUUUACCUGGGCUACUGCUUCUGUGGCUGGAUCGUGCUGGGGCCCUAUCACGUCAAGUUCCGCUCUCUCUCCAUGGUGUCGGAGUGCCUGUUCUCGCUGAUCAACGGCGACGACAUGUUUGUGACUUUCUCUGAGAUGCAGGAGAGCAGCACGCUGGUGUGGGUGUUCAGCCAGGUCUACCUGUACACCUUCAUCUCCCUCUUCAUCUACAUGGUACUGUCGCUCUUCAUCGCCCUCAUCACCGGUGCCUACGAGACCAUCAAGCACCAAACCCAGGAGCCCUACCACAUUACGGACCUGCACGCCUUCAUCGCAGAGUGCACUGACACGCCCAGCUCGGGCAUGUACCGGGGCCUCGAGACCUCGCCCUGCUCCUUCUUCUGCUGCUGUGACAGAACGACAACAUACGAGGAUGUCCUUUUGGUGAACUGACUGGGUUGUGGUGUCUGGACCUACAGCGCUCUCUGCUGGCCCGGAGCGCUGCACUGCAUCCAGAUUUUCAUUGUCUUUACCAUCGAAUCUGGUUCAGGCAUGAGCCAGGACUAUGAGCUGAAAGCCUAGUCUUUUUUGAGUGGAUUCAUUGACUAGACCACCUGCGUUGUGUGAAUGUUAUAGGGAUGUUGCACAGUAAUAUACAGCUCAACACCGCAUUCCCCACACAGAAAGAGAACAGUGUUUUGCCAAAAUUGGGAUUUACGCACAAUCCAUACUUGCUGAGGGCCAUAGUGCAAUGUCUUGUUAGCACAUUUAGCUGCUUUUUAAUGGUUUUACAUGAUUUUUUAGGUGUUCAGUAAGCUGCACAAGGGACAAGAACUGGACAAAGCAUGUUUUUUUUUUUAUGUCAGAAGUUCUGGUUAUAUAUGAAGGUUGAUGACAUUGACAUGCGUACUUCAUCCUAGGCCAGAGACUGCUCUGGAGUAGCACUUCAACUGUCCCUAAGGAGAGAGCACUAAAGUCCAAUUCACAUGACUCAUGCAAGAACGUCAUUGCCCUGUCAUGAGGCGCAUGCCCAUCAAGAACUGCUGAGAGCAAGGCUGGCUUGGCCACAGCUCUUUGUGGUCACCACCACUGAACUCAGUACAAGUCAAUUGAACUUAAACCCUGCACUGCGCCUGGACCCAAUGGCUCACUCAAUGACCUUAAUCUUUGCUCUUUGCUGUACAAAUCUCUUGCCAAAUAGGCUGUGGUUAGACAGGCAGCCCAAUUCGGAUCCCCCCCCCCACUAAUUGGCCUUUUGACCUUUCACAUCAGAUCUUUUUCAGAGUUGAUUUGAUUGGUAAAAAUACGAUCAGAUUUGAGCUUCCUGUCUAAACGCAGCCAUAGUAUUUCAGCGUUUUUAAGACCGAUCAAUUAAAAAACCAGUACUCACACCCAGGUGCUGGUUCUGGUCUCCAGGAACAAUAUCCAUAGAAUUGUUCUAUAGUUUUAAGUUGGACACAGAAAGAGAUGCAGUGCAUCAUCUCAAGCACACCUACAGUACCAGUGGUUUCAGUAGGUGUUAAUCCGAUGACGCAGCACACAGGGUAAACGUCAGUGCCGUUGUUGAUUUUGUACGUGUCAAGUUCUACACUGUACGCUGCGUGCUGAACACUGCUUCGUCAGAGUUCAUUUGAAAAGGGGAUCCGUAGUGAAGUAAUCAAGUCUACUCCCGAGUCUCACAAAGACCCACCAUGGCACAACAUUCCGGUCGCAAUGGAAAUAUGACUGUCCAAUUUUGCCUGACCUGAAUGUCACUUCCUUAUAUGAGGAAACUACACGAUUGGAAAAUGGAGAGUUCAUCUAUUUUUUUUUGUGUGUGAAUUUUUAAAGGCCUGUGCUCCAGUCAUGGACAAUAUGGAUGGAGAACUGCAAAUUGUAUCCGACUGGUUUAAAGAACAAAGACUGCCUGCGAGUAACGGGGAGAGGAUAACGAGCAGGCAGGACAGCUAAACGAGGCCAGGGGGAUGGGGUAUUUGCGAGCAUUGCAGUAAUGCUUGUGGUGUUGACCCAGAAGAAUGUUCUUACGUAUGUUUCGUUCCCAUUCUGUUUUCCGUCUCAUAAUGAUGUCUAGUUUAAAACGAACCAAUUGCUUUGUCCUUGUGAAAGUUUAAAUUAUUUUUUGUUUUUUUUUAAUGUUGGGUUGUUUAUGUAUCUAGAGAGAAACGCCUAAGGGGAGCGUGGUCUUCAGGUUCAGGCUCCAGAAAGUGGUCAUGCAUUGAGCUUUGUACUCCAAUCACCUUUGAAGGAGGAGGAAAUAGGUUAUAGGCCUGCUUCCAUUUCGGUCCCAGCUACUUCUAAAAGCGAACCUUUUGGCGUUGAUAGAUUCCAUAGAACCAAGGUGUAGGCAAAGUUAUAUGUGAAUAUAACCUCCCAAAUAGGCUAAAAGCAGAGCUUUCACCAUAUCCGUUCUUUAGGAUCUGAGAACACCAAAGGGCUAGAGGCCACGAGAAGUGGCUAGGGGCCGAAAUGAUACUGGGCCAUAGCCUGUCUGUCGGUUAGUGAUGAGUCAUGUAGCUCUUAUUUGAAUGGUGAUAUAGUACAUUUUAAAUUAAAUGUAUGUUCUUAACUAAGCAGUACACCAACAGGAUUUGUUUUUGGCCUGGCGUUCGUAUAUUGUAGUAUUAGACACUUAAGAGGUCCUGUCCGAGCAGUCUGUAGACAUUUAUACAGUUCAUUGUGUAAUCUUUUUUUUUUUUUAUGUUCAUCUUACUUGAACAUUGUUUUGAGUAUGUUGGAUCUCUGUGCCACACUCGGUAUGAUGCCAAACCACUGAUGAUUAAAUGCCUGUUUGUUCACA